AUGUCUUUGUAUAUCCAUGUGUUGGCCUGUGUCUUUGGCCUGGGCUCUUGGGUAGCCGUAAAUGGAAUGUGGGUGGAGCUGCCACUAAUUGUCAAUGUUCUACCUGAAGGAUGGGACUUACCUUCGUACCUUACAGUCAUCAUCCAGCUGGCCAAUAUUGGCCCUAUCCUAGUUACCCUUGUGCAUAUGAUAUAUCCGCGUCGACUACGUGAGAAUUUGGUGAUCUAUGCAGUGCUGAUGAUUGGUAUAUUAGCAUGCAUCCUCCUGACAUUGUUCUGGAAGAAGACAACCGUGAUUUUAGGUCAACCAAGAAGCACAGCAUUCUUUAUUAUCACAUUCUUCCUGUCUCUGGUGGACUGCACAUCCUCUGUCACCUUCCUGCCUUUCAUGAUGCAGCUCCCGAACAAAUACAUCACGACUUACUUCAUUGGUGAAGGAUUAAGUGGGUUUUUGCCUGGGCUGGUAGCUCUGGUGCAAGGGGUUGGCAUGGCCAAAUGUGUUAAUGUCUCCCAACCAUCAAUGAGCAUCACAAACCCUGGGCAUGAGAACUUCACAUUGCAAGCUCAGUACCUUCCUCCUAAUUUCUCCACAGAGAUCUUUUUCUCUUUUCUGGUGGUCAUGAUGGUGAAAAGCCUUGUUGCUUUUGGCUUGCUAAACCAUGUCCAUCAGACUCUUUCCCUCUCCACUGAAGAUCUGGUACCUGAGCCAGGAACUGUGGUAAUGAUCAGUGGAGGUCUGGAAAACCAGGCGGCAAACAAUUCAGGGACGAACAGUCAAGAAGGUACCAUUGGAGACCAUCCCAAGCCUCUGACUGUGAAGACGUACUAUUCCUGCUCUGAACUAGCCUUCAUCUACUUUAUGGUGGUGUGGGCAAAUUGUGCAACCAAUGGACUACUGCCAUCAGUACAGACGUUCUCCUGCAUGCCCUAUGGGAAUAAAAUCUAUCACCUCUCAACUUCUCUGUCAGCACUUGCUAACCCACUGGCCUGCAUUAUCGCCAUGUUUGCUCCCAAACGCUCUCUGGUGUUGCUGGGAAUUCUGUGUUUGCUGGGUACUGUUUGUGGUGGAUACAACAUGGCUAUGGCAAUCAUGAGUCCCUGUCCAUUGCUGCAAGACUCGCCACUAGGAAAAACUUUAAUUGUCCUGUCAUGGAUUCUUUUCACUGGCCUGCUGUCCUAUGUAAAGGUGAUGGUGGGAGUCAUUUUGAGGGACCAGAGCCAUAGCGCCCUGGUGUGGUGUGGAGCUGCAGUACAGACCGGCUCUCUUGUGGGAUCAUUUAUUAUGUUUCCCUUGGUCAGCAUUUAUCAUCUGUUUAAGUCAGGGGAUAUCUGCAACAACAUAUGCACAUCAUUCUGA